AUGAAUUGAGCGAAAUCACUUUUGUUCUCGUCGAAUAGAAUAUGGCGGUGCAGGAUGUGCAAAAGCUUUUAAUUUUCUGAUUCUAUGUGCGAUAUUUUUUGGCUUUUUAACUAUAAAGUUACUAUAAAUAUAGUAUUGCAUGUAACCUAUACUGUGAGUCGCCUAACUUGAGCUUUUAGUUAAAUUUCUAGUCUAAGUUGCAAUGAAAAUUAUUACUUCAUUGGUGGUGUAAAAAUAAUUGUGACAAAUAUAGCACACAAUUUCAGCUUGCUAUGUUUGACAUGGCUACGCUCAUUCAAGAGAAUGGUAUAAAAGAGCUUAGCAAAGCAUCACACAAUGUAGUCAACCAUGGAAUGACUACACACGCCGUCGCGAGCCACAUGGUACCCGACCAUGAGUAUUGCGAAGCGGGCAAGCCUGAGCCGCCGGAGCCACAAUGCAUCGACACGGACGUGGCAAUGGUGCAACAGGAUCCGAAGGAAGAAGACGAGGAAGAAACUCCGGAAAUAGACAUAAUGAUAAACAAUGUUGUGUGCAGUUUUAGUGUUAAGUGCCACUUGAACUUGAGACAGAUCGCGUUGAACGGUGUAAACGUAGAGUUCCGCCGCGAGAACGGAAUGGUGACGAUGAAGCUGCGGCGUCCGUACACCACGGCGUCCAUCUGGUCGUCGGGCCGCAUCACGUGCACCGGCGCCACCAGCGAGGACCAGGCCAAGGUGGCAGCGAGGCGCUACGCCCGCGCCCUGCAGAAGCUGGGCUUCCAAGCGCGCUUCCGCAACUUCCGCGUAGUCAACGUGCUGGGGACCUGUCGAAUGCCGUUCGGCAUUCGGAUUAUAGCAUUUUCCAAAAAAUACAAAGAGGCAGAUUACGAGCCGGAGCUUCACCCAGGCGUCACAUACAAGCUGUACAACCCGAAAGCCACCCUCAAGAUAUUCUCAACAGGCGGAGUCACAAUAACAGCUCGCAGCGUGAGCGACGUGCAGUCGGCCGUGGAGCGCAUCUUCCCGCUGGUGUACGAGUUCCGCAAGCCGCGCACGACGGCCGACGACGAGCUGCUGCGCCAGAAGCGCGCGGCACGGCGCGGGGCGGGCCCGGCGCCCCCGCGCGCGCCGCCCCGCGCCCCCGCCGCGCCCGCCGACGACCCCAUGCACCUCGUCACGCUCUCCGACGACGACAAGGACGCCUGGGAGUGACCGCCCAACGUUUGGCAUAUGACGCAUCAGCAAUGACCAUCGGUUGUUAGUGCGAUCGCGUGUGAAUUGUCGGCGAGCUAUUUUCAGUUCAUGCCAAAGAUAUUUAUUAGGGGGCGCUUUGCGUCGCGCUAUGAGUCAGGGGCGAUCUGAUCCUGCCGCCGCGGCCGCUACUAGCAGUUCUCGCUUCGAUCUCGAUCCAGUGAUUUAUUUGUUGACUAUUAUUUGACGAUCUCCGAACGGACUCACGUGUCACGACUGGACUGAGCCAGAGCGAUACUCUUUUGUGUCAAUUAUUGUUUAUUUUUUUAAGUGUGACACGGACCGACGUGGACCGCGGUCGGCGCCGCAAUCUGCAUCUACCCCCAGUGUGCGUAGGUACGGUUGAUUCUUUUAACUCGUUUGAUUGUAAACCAAAUUGUUGUAAUAAUAAAAAAUGAUGAGAGAACAUAUCUCGACCGAUACUCAA